CGUAAAGCGUGCGUGCGCGUGUGUGCCAGUGUGUGUGUGUGUGUGUGAGAGAGAGAGAGACGCAGAGUGAGAUCGGACAGGCAAGCGGACUUCACAUAUCCGAGUGUAAAAGAAAAGAAAGAAGCAGUAGAGAGAAGUAGUUGAGAAGUGACCAUGGAGAGUAUGAUAUCAGGACGCGUCUGGAUCGCCUGCGUUUCAGUUCUCUUUACACUACACGUGUGUCUGGCUUCAGUGUCAGUCAAGGUGACUCCUACAGUGGAUGUGAUUGUAGGAGAAACUGCCCGGCUGCCCUGCUCCUACACCACCACCGGGACCAUUGCCGUGGUCCAGUGGUUUAUUGAGUCUGCUGGUACACGGAAGCGUGUAGCUUUCAGGUCUUCCACAGACAGUGGCCUUGAUAAAGACACACCGUUAACAGACCGUGUAACCAUGGAAACCGACAAGACCCUGGUCAUCUCUCCAGUAAAGGUGAUGGAUGAGAGGAGCUUCUUCUGUCAGGUGGACGGUGGACCCGUGGGUACCUCAGAGGCUGAGACCAAACUCAAGGUCUUCUUUGCUCCAGAAAAACCAGUAGUGUCUGAUAACAAACGAAGCAUUCCUUUAAGCCAAGAUAACCCCACAGCACAUCAGGUGGGCAAAUGUACCAGCAGCAACGGUCACCCGGAGCCUCGUAUCAUCUGGUUUAAAGACUCCAAUCCACUGCCGGAGGUGUUAGAUCCUAAAGAGAAGGUCUACAUGGUCCCGGGUGUGGUGAAGGAGUCCUCAGAUCUCUACACAGUUAUGAGCACUCUGUACCUCCAACCCGAGAAGAAGGACGCCAAGUCAGUGUUCCACUGCACUGUAGAGUACCGCAUGCCGAACAACGAGAUCAAAAAGGAGAACUCUGAACAUUUUAACCUCACCCUGCUCUACCCGGCCGAGAACGUGUUCUUCAGAUUGUUGAACACGACACCGAUCAAAGAGGGAGAUGAGGUUCAGAUGAAAUGUGAGACAGACGGGAACCCUCAGCCUCAGUUCGAGUUCUCCAAAGAGGACUUUACACAACCGAGUAGCACAGGAUUACUUACUCUGCGCAAUGUCACACGCAGUGAUGCAGGUACCUACAACUGUGAAGCGAUGGACUUUGAUGCUGUGGAUAUUUCCCUGUACAAGAGCCUCACCCUCAACGUGCACUAUCUGGACACAGUGUCUGUGGUGCCAGCCGGCCCUUUGAUGAUUAAUAAAGGUGAGCCCAUUGAGCUUCAAUGCAAGACCAGGUCUUCUGAUGAGUACACCCUCUCAUGGAUGAAGGAUGGCAAGCAGCUGUCUCAGAAGGGGUCCCUGUCCCUGCAGUCCACAAGUCUGGAUAAUGCUGGCGAGUAUGUGUGUAUUGCAUCAGUCUUCUCAGUGCCAGGCCUGCAGAAGCAAGCUAAUGUCACAGUAAUCGUCACAGGUCAGCCUGAGAUUGAUGAGCCCAAGAGAGCAGAAGUUGCAAAGCAGGGAGAUAUGGUCACUCUCGAGUGUUCUGCUCAAGGCUAUCCUGCUCCACAGUUCACCUGGAAACCCUCUGGCAAGGAGUCAGUAGCAAUAAAUGGUAAUAAGUUCACCAGUACAGUCACCCUGGAGGCCUCAGCUGCUGUUCUGAAAGACGGAGUCACCUGUGAGGCAAACAACAUACACGGUGCAGACAGAAAGAUGUUCAUGGUCGAAAUCCACUCAAGCAACCGAGUCGAUUCAAACGAUGCAAAAGCUGAGGGUCAGGAGGGUGGCUCGAAAGGAGUGGUGGUUGCAGUGUUGGGGUGUGUGCUGCUGUUGCUCCUGCUGGUGGCUCUUCUUUAUUUCUUCACUAAGAAGGGCAGGAUGGCUUGCCGCAAGAAAGAGAAGAAAGAAGUAGCAUCCGGGGAGGUGAACAAUGACAUUGUGGUGGAGAUGAAAUCCAGCGAGAAGCCCAACGAGGGGUCAGGGCUGCUUAAUAAAGAGCAGUGAUAUGAGAGAAGAGGAAGAGGAAGAUAAAUCAUCUGCGGAAUUGAAGAGCAGCAGGGGUGCGUGUGUGUGUGUGGGUGUUUGUGGGUGUGUGUGGGUUUGUGUGAGUGUGUGUGUGUGGGUGUGUGUGUUUUCCCAGAGUGAGGCACCAUGCUGAAGCGGAGGAGACGAUAUAUUUGAGCUGUAAAUUUUGCUUAGGGUCGGGUUAGGGGAGGCAGACGGGGUUUGACACAGCGUUUGGGGUUAAAGAUUGUGGGUUCGAACAAUUUUUUAAGUAAAAGUGCUCUUCUCUUUUAUAUUGGGGUGGGGUAAAUUUACAACCUUUUUUUUUUCCUAAAGUGAGAAACCAAUCAUGCAAGUCACUGUCCACUGAUCAUGACUCUGCAGACUAGCUGUGAAAAAGAAAGCAGCGGAAACUCAAUCCAGCACCGGGCAUUCUGACAAAUUUCUUUUCUGUCCCAAAAUUGAAAUCUUUUAAUUAAAUCACCGUGCCACUGGAUUGAUCUUUGGCAGGUGCACUUCUUUUUUCAACUUUUCUAGUCUGCAUUAGACACUGCACUUACUGUCUGUUCUUUCCCAAUUCUUCACCAGUGCACUGAAACCUGAUGAUCACGUUUUAAAACAGUUCUCAUAAGCACACACUUUGUCCUGUACAAACUGCUUGACUGUGGACUUGCAUGCUACUGAACAUAGCCUGUCUUUCUUUUUUCCCAUCAUUGUAUGUAUAGCCAAAUGUUUGCUUUUUUAUAUAUAUAUCUGUAUUACAUGGUAACUUCUUAUACUGCCAAUACAUCUGUAAAGUUUGAGCAAACCAAAUACUUGGAGGUGCCAUGGAGCAAGAGAUUAGAAAGUGGGAAAUGCAAAGUCAUGCUAAUGAACGCUAAUGAACGCUCUGACACGUACAGGACGAACAAUGAGACGCUUGGGCUUUUUUGUUUUGUUUAGUUUAGUUUUGUUUUGUUUUUAAUAAAACCUAAACCAAUGAUGUUCAUUGUUCAAAGAUAAAAAAAAAACUAUUUUUGUUCUUGCAGGUUGUUGCCUUUUUUAAACCAUGUGUCCUUACAAAAUAACAUUGUUUUUUAACACUUUGGCCCAGAAUAAGAGUGUUUUUUUGUUUGUUCGUUUGUUUUUGAUUUUUUUUUUUUAAACCCUAUGACCUUACUAAACAUCUUGUUUUUUGUUCUUGGACUCUUUUAACCCUGUGACCUUGAUAAAACGUCUUGCUUUUAAAUUUUGUUUUGUUUUGUUUUUUUUUUUUGUUUGUUUUAUCAUUUUUUAACCCUGUGACCUUAUGAAACAUUUUGAGUUUUGUUUUUCCUUCAUUUAUUUUUUUCUGCAUCUGUGUGCCUCAGUGCAACCUAGUCAUGUUCGAACUGUUUAUUAGUUUGAUUAAAAGUCUGGAGAGAGAAAUAGAAAACCUCUAAUCUAACUAGAUAAUUAACACAUUUUUUCCCCCAGACUUAAAACUGCAAUUGGACCCAAACUAAAAGAGCUUACAGAGCACCGGUUCUGCCGCAGACCAAGUCCAAAACAAUGUGAACUUCUACUGACUCCCAUCGAUCCGUUUCUCAGAGGUUCUUUAUUUGCAUUUAGUUUACUGUCUAUUUCAAAUCCUCCAGCAUCUCACUCAGUUCCAACUCCAUGGCCCUGUACAAGAAAGGUUUAAGUAAGUAGUUAAGAGUCUCAUCAAUGACAGUAGAUAUGGAAAUGCUAGAUUAAUGGCCGCACACCUGCUUAAACGUUAACCAAAAAUAUUAAAGACUGUAAAGGUUUUGAAUUCUCUGUUAUAUUAAGAGACUUUAUUGCCCCAAAGCUUGAGUCGUCUUACUGCUGUUACGUCUGUCGAUAUUCUUUGAUUGCGAUCAAAUGAAUCUGACACACACACACACACACACACAUACACACACACACACUAUACACAGUGCUUCUUCUAGCAGAGUAAAGAUGCUCUAAAUGCUAACACGCAAGUUAACAGUAAUUGAAUAAGGCUGGUUAGGGAAGUGUGUGUUUCUACUAUAUGUCUGAAUAUGAGCUAACUACUGAGUCUUGAGUGUACAUAUUAUCCUGUGGUUUGGUAUGAACGUGCUUCCAUUAGCCACGCACACACACACACACACACACACACAUACAGCACACAUAGACACAAACAAAUACUCAAUGCUUUUCUCAAUAUGUGUCAACUGUUCAUCACGUUACAUUACAAAAUGUUCAUAUUCAACAAGCUGAAUGUUCUAUUUUAUAUGUAAGUUUGAUUUUAUUUUUUUUUCCAGCUAUAACUUCACGCCAAUUUGUCACCGGGAUGCGGUCGAGCAUUAUAGCCUUUUUUUUUUUAUAUUGUGAAAACAACAUAUUAUUUGUGCAUACUUUUUGAAACAAUGACGUUUGUGUUUAAACUACUGAAUUAUUGCUUUUGUUUUCUAUCUGUCACGUUCACUGGUCUUGCAGGUCAGGUUUAGAUAUCUUGUUAUGAAUUAUAAAGUAUUGUGACUGCUUUCUUCUUUCCGAUGUACAAUUUGUGGUAUUAGAUGUGUGAUUUGUAGCCUGUUUCUUCCCCUUUUGUGGAGCUGUGUAGACUUUAUACUGAUAAAAAAAAAAAAAAUCCCACACCUUA